CACAACGCAGUCUGAAAAUAGCCAAUGUUUGCUGGUUUGAAAUAUUUGUCAGGUGAUUGGGUGUAGCAGCAUGGCUGGAUAGGGGUGUGCCAUUAGGUUGCUAAGCACCCACCAUGCUACACAGUGCCGACAUGCAAAGGGAGAAUGUAGCAGAAUGGUAGCAGUGGGAGGUAAGUUUUACAUUGAUCUUUGAAUUUGUGAUUUGAUGGAUUUCCACAUUAGAAACAGCAAUUUGCAAGAGAUUGAGGUAAGAAGAAAGCCACAUUCCCGGUCUCCAAAGAUUCAGCAAACGGAAGCGGAAGCUACUGCAAUGAAUUUCAGGAUACCUGCUACUGCUUCAUCUAUACCUACAAAAUACCAGACAGUAUUUAUUCCAACCUCAGAAAAGAAUGGUUUUAACUCAAGAUCCCUACGAUUCUCCUACAGUCUGACCCAGAAUGAAAAUCCUGGCCCUGGAGCAUACAAUGUUGCGAGAACAUCUGCUGAUAUCAACAGUGUCUCAUUGUCAAAGAAAGGAACUGGUGGGUUUCCAUCUAAGGCUCCUCGAACUCUCCAGUGUAAAAUUGCCCGUACCCCUGCUCCUAAUGCUUACAAUGUGUAUGAAGAGUUCUUUUCUAAGAAGGAUUUCAGCAAGGGUAACUCUAGUAUGUUCCAACAGCCAAUUGCCAUGGAAGUUGAAGAUACAAAUCACUUGACACCAGCCCCUAAUCAAUAUAGUGCAUCUUUAACUUACUGUCAUCCAAAUAAUAAUGUUUCUGCACAUGCUGCUUUUGUUUCAAAAACAAAAAGAGAACUUUUAAAGCCAAAUCCUGUGAAAGGACCUUCUCCGUGCCAUUAUAAAAUAAAUGAUUCACUUGUGAAAGAAUCUACUAAAGUUCCAGUUUCAUGCUUUAAAUCAAAGACAUCUCGCAAUUCAUUGAAUGUGAUCUCGGAUAAUCCAGGACCUGCAAGCUAUGAUCCAUACAAAUCUUCUGAGUCAGAAAAAAAGAUUAUCUUUCUAAGGAAACAUUAUCUAUGUUUUUCGGCCCCUGCCAUGCCAAUUCCCAAGGCACCCCCAGUCCCGGGUCCUGGACACUAUGACAUUGUGGACUAUGAAGGACUACCUAAGCAAUACAUGUCGGGUGCUGCAUUUGUUUCCAAUACCAGUCGCUGGGCUGGAGAUGUUUCAGGAAAAAGUUUGCCUGGUCCUGGUGCUUAUCAUCCUGAAAUUCCAGGAAGAUACUCUUUUCUCUAUAACAGCAAUAGAAAAUGGGUUCCAGCUUAAAGACAAGCACAGUUUGACAAAGUUAUAGUUUUCGGAAAAAAAAUCCUAAUAUUGCACUCAGAUUUUCAACUCUAACAUUUUUAAUGAUUAAUUAAAAAUUAAUUGAUGAAUAUAAGCUUAAUAAGAGUUUCCACUAGAAUGUGUGUGCAUUGGAGUGCAAAGUAAAGGCAAACUGCAAAGGCAAACAGGAAGGGUGAGAUGGAAGAAGCUGAAAUGUGAAAUGACGUUCAGAUGUCGUUUUUAUUUCUAAAUUACACUGUGUUUAUACUGCACUGUUUAUAUUUUAUUCCUGAACCAACAAGUGUAUUUUUUAUUUGUGAUAUUAGUGUAUAGGCAGCUAUCUCAGGUCAUAGUGCCUGGUCAUGUGCUUUUAGAAAGAGCCAACAUGAUGGAGCUGCUUUCAUGCAGGCUAUUGUUUCUCCUACUCACUGUAACUGAAGGGGACCUGGAUUUUUACAAUUGAUUGCUUUUCCCAUAUCUACCAGGAAGCUUGGUCUGUAUACAUUAUAAAUUGCAUAAUGUGCCCAGAGACAUAAAUAGUAAUUUGCUCUCAAGGGCAUAUGAGGCCCCGCAUCAUCAAGUAUGCAAAUAAUAAAUUAAUAUUAUAAAAAUAUAAUAUUAUAAAAUUAUAUUGUUGUAAUCAAGUCCCUAGGGUGCUCUUAUGAUUAAGGAAAAUCUUCUGUUUUUCCAUUAGUCUGCCUUAUUUCUCAGUCCUUUUUGUUGCAUUGUUUACUUUACAGACCAUUGAAUAGCAUUCACCUUUUCAAUCUUAAACCACUCAGGUAUUACUUUGGCAUUGUGUUUGGGAUCAUUGUCCUGCUGAAAGAUGAGCUUUUGACCAAGCUUUAGUUUUAGUUUAGCAGACUGAAACAACUUAUCUUAUAUUUGCACUGUCUAUUCUUUAUUUUGUGUUAAGAUGCUGAGCUCCAGCUGAAGGAAAGCAACCACAUACAUAUGGCUGACAUAAACAUACAUCACAGUAGCUAUGGGGCACCAUAAAAUUGAGUUUGCCAAAAUGUUUGGGAGCAACCCAAUCGAAAAAAGGAUUCUUGUCAACUUGGAACAUGACACUUUUUGGCCAAAGUUUCAAGGAAUAUGUGUGGAGCAAAUCUAACAGCGCAACCCUUAAAAACACAGUAUAUUAUGUGCAUUACAGUAAUCUUUUAUCAAAUGUGGACGUGGAAAGUAGUUUCCAUACCCAAAGGAUAUUUUACAGUAGACAAACUAAAAUUUUAGUAAUGGUCAUGGAACUUCUCGGUAACUAAUAAUAUCCUUAUAUUUUGCAAGAGGGGGUACUUUAGUCACUAUAUUAACAACAUUAAGGCAUUUGGUGCCUAAAAAAUUUCCUCCCCUUUUAACAAAACAGGGAUUGUUUGUCCAUAUAUUGCAUUAUGUUUAAGAUGGCCAACUACGUCUAAGUCAUCCCAUAUCUGGCCAGUCCUACACUCAACUUUCAUCUGAUUCAUUAAGAAUUCUAUUGCUUCAUUUUACAUUUUACAAAAGGACUAAGUUUUACCUGCAACUUACUUGCUGCUUUCAAGGUUAAAACUCCCAACCAUUUUAAAUGAAGUGAGGAAGCAAUGUGGGUGUUACAACAAAAUGCAUACAGCUAAAAACAGGAAAUCGUCUUUACUCAUAGCAGUAUAGUAAGGACAUUUCUUCUAUUAAAAUUAUUCAAGGUGAACGACUGCUUCAAAGCACAACCUUCCCUUUUGCUAUCAUUGAUAUAGUUACUAUGUACAAAAUAUGAAAAUUGCAAUGUUUUCUCCUCUAGAAGACUAGCCACUGGGUUUCCAAAACAAUAUUAAACACACACAAAAGAAAAAUAUUCCACAUUAAGCAUAUCUUUUCAAUAAUUACAUGCCACUAUUUGUGUCUGCAAACAAAUUAGAAAUAGUUCUGACAAACCUAUUCAUAGAAAAUACUAAGGGACUAUAGGAGUUAUAGGAACUAUAGUUGGUCCUUAUUAACCAACUGGCCCCUGCCACUCCUGCUCAGAAGAUCACCUUCAAUUUUGGAUCCAAACAUGGAUUAAUUUUAAUAUUUCAUGUAACAAUAUUUAAAGUGUUUUCCUGCAAGUAACUUGGUGCUUUCUAUUUUGGAGCAUUCCUCUUUGAUCUCCUUCUCCUGGUGGCCCUGCUAUAAACCUAUUUCACAUGAUAUUUUCUGCUUUAGUGGAAACGAGCAUGGAUGAACAUAGGUAAAAAGACUAAACAUACAUACUAAAAUGUUUUUUAAAAGCCUUAAUCAGACUAAAAAUAUCCAAGGCAGGUGCCAUGAUGAGCAAAAAGAAUUCAGGAUCCUGUUCUAUACUAUAAAAAACUCAAGAAACAAAACAAAGGAAUACUUUAUGCCAGGUAUUAUUUAUGUUUUUUUAUCCACGGUACCCAUAUAUUUUCUAAAAAAACUUAAUAUAGAUUACAAUAGCCUUUAUAGCUACAUUGAGCCAAUUUGAGUGCUCCCCCCCCCAAAAAAAACCCAGAGGCCGAUAACUUAAUAUAGUCACUGAAACACUAAUAUCUUCCAUGUAGGCUAUUAGUUGUUGCAAUUGUUACUGAACCAUUAUGCAUUAAUUGAUAGGGAUGUCUGUGGUUAAACCAAUUCUCUAUGCAGAACUCUAAGAUACCAGUGAUGUUGAAGUUAAAUAUUUAAAAAUUCGGUAUCAGUGGAAUUCUAGUAACAGGGCAAUUAGCCUCAGAGCCUUUACAUGUAACAGAUUAUAAAACUUCUAUAGUGGUCGAUUGCUGCACAUCUUUGAUGAUGUUCUUGGAGUACAGUGAAAAAUACAAAAACAAUCUUUGUUUUAAUAUCAUCAUAUUCUUAGUAGCCUUAAUGCAUGGAGCUCUACAUAAUGGGGAGACCCCCUUAUUUGGAAAAAGCCAGGUCCCAGUCAUCUAGAUAAUAAUUUAAAAUAAAGCUGUUUGUAAAGAAAACACAAUCUAAAAUACAAAUGUAAAUCAUAAAUGUCCCUGUUAAAAGUGUGUAAAAACAUAAAAGAAAAACAGUAAAGGGGAAGGUUGAAAAGGAACAGCCCAUUUAUUUUGCUUUAGCUUUCUGUGAUCGUGCAGGAAUGUUACCUUUGCCUUAUUCCUGAGAACAAAUACAACACUGACACUAUAACAACACUGAGUCAGGACAGAAUAAUCUUAGAAUGACACCCUGCUUCCCCCAUAUUCCAUUUACCAAAAUAAAUUUGCUGACAUCAUGGAUACACCAAGCUACACACGUGAGAACUGGCAGCAAUUGUUAUUAAGCAGCUGUAAUGUAAUAAAAGGCUUUUCACCAAUAGCAACCAGUCAGAUAUUAGUUUUAAACAUCUGACUAGUAAAUGCUACCUUCUGUUUGGUGACCUAACUAGCAGCAACAUUUGCAUCUAAUUUAAGAUUACCCCCAUUAAGCUUGACACUGAUCAAGUAGAGGUAUAUCCAGUCAGGCUGGCAUAUUUGUACUUUGUAAAUGCAUUAUCGGGGGGGGGUGGUAAUUUAUAAACACAGGGCAUAUUUGCACCUGGGCAGUAAUCCAUAACAACCAAGCAGUGAUUAGAUUUUUUUCAGCCAGCUGCAAGGAGAACAAUGGAAGCAAAAUUCUAAUAGGUUACCACCCAAGUGCAAAAUUGCCCAGUGUUCAUAAGUGACCCCCAGCAUAUCUAGACUGCCAUAAUUCUCCCAAGCAGCAGCUUACUGUAUAAAAUGUGUGUUUUUUCAUGUUAUAUUUGGGUUUUUUAAAGCAUGCAUUGACUGUUUACAGCAGAAUAAAAAUACCACCAUCUCAAAGA